GCUCCCACUAGAAGCUUGCUCUGCAAACUGCAAACGACGGAGCAAUCCCGUUUCCCAGGAUCGAGGGCAACCGCCACCGCCAUCGCCAUCGCCGCAAUCCCAAUUCCCACAAACGGCCGCCCAAUCCCACGCGCCCCAACCCAAUAGGAGACGCUACCCAAUCCAGUCCGUUGGCAGAGCUCGCAAUUUGUCCAUCAGCGGUGGCUGGACCGCGCGCGCCCCAAGAGCACCGCAGAGCUCGCGGCGCCUUUAAUGGUGCUGGAGCCUUCUUCUGCCGCCGCCCGGAUGCCCGCCGCGACGAGGCUAUAAACUUGUCGCCUCCUUCCUUCGCUCGGCCCGCUGCGCACCGCGUCUGGUGUUCACACGGACGGCAAUUCGGGCAGCGGAGAUGAAUGGCCGGGCUCGGAGGCCGGCCGCGGCGGCGAAGGCGGCCCCGAAGGGCGACAGGAUGAUGAUGCAGCAGCAGAAGGAGCAGAGGAAGGCCAUGCCGGUGGUGAAGGGGCCGGCCGGCGCGGUGACCAGAGGCGCGAUGAGCAGGAUCCAGUCGAGGCGAGAGCGGAAGCUCGCGCUGCAGCAGGAUGUGGACAAGCUGAAGAAGAAGCUGCGGCACGAGGAGAACGUCCACCGGGCUCUGGAGAGGGCCUUCACGCGGCCGCUCGGCGCGCUGCCUCGCCUGCCGCCCUACCUGCCGUCCCAGACGCUGGCUCUUCUGGCGGAGGUGGCGGUGCUGGAGGAGGAGGUGGUUCGACUGGAGGAGCAGGUGGUCAACUUCCGGCAAGGCAUCUACCAGGAGGCCAUCAUCUUCUCCACCUCCACCAAGAACACGCACCUCCCCGGCGUCGGCGGCGGCGAGGGAUGCGCGCCGCCACAGCUCAUGCCGUCUAGCCCGACUCGACCAAAUGCAGAGUUCCCUCCAAUUGGUCCGGAUCGCGCUCCUGCUCGUCCGUCGCCGAACGGGAAGCAAACGCCAAGAAAACCAAUUCCCGCUCCAGCUAAGCAGGAAGACGGCCCUGGUUCCGGGGCUGGAAAAGAGAACCAGUCGUGCAGGAAUUCUCGCCUGCCGCCAUCGCAGAAGGUUGCUAAAUCGAGGGUGCCGGCAGCGGCGCCUGAGAAACGCAGGGCUGCUCAGACAAUCAGUGCAGUGCCUGACCGCAAAGGGAUCGCAGACGCUGUCAGCAAUAAUUCAGGGAAGGUGUUCCAGGACGGGUCGAGCGCGCCCAACCGAUUGUCUGAGGAGCUGCUGAGCUGCCUGCUGACCAUCUUCUCGCAGAUGGGCUCACCGGCGGCACCGGCGGACGAGGAGCAGCAGCCAUUGUCCCCGUCGGUUUCAGGCUCGUCAUCAGAGGACGCGUACCCUCAGGACCCCUACGGCAUCCUGGAGCUGGGCGGCGCCAGGGACGUCGGCCCUUACAAGCAUCUCCACGUGAUCGACGCCGCGUCGUUCGACCGGAACGCGCUGGCCAGCAACACGCUGCUCGCCCGGAGGUUGAAGGCCUUGCUCCGGAAGCUCGCGUCGGUUGACCUGGCGGGGCUCUCCCACCACCACAAGCUCGCCUUCUGGAUCAACGUCUACAACUCCUGCAUGAUGAAUGCAUUCCUGGAGCAAGGUGUACCUACCACGCCCCAAAUGCUCGUGGCCAUGAUGCCCAAGGCGGCGAUAGAGGUUGGUGGGCGCACGCACAGCGCCAUGUCCAUCGAGCAUUUCGUCCUCAGACUGCCCUACAGCGUCAAGCAUGUGAACCCUCCGGAAGGGACGAAGGUCGACGACGCCCCGGCGGGAGCUGGCGCGUUCGGACUGGAGUGGCCGGAGCCGCUGGUCACCUUCGCGCUCUCCUGCGGGAGCUGGUCCUCCCCCGCCGUGAGGGUGUACACGGCGGCGCGGGUGGAGGAGGAGCUGGAGGGCGCCAAGAGGGACUACCUGCAGGCGGCGGUGGCCGUGUCGGCGCCGGAGCGGCUGGCCAUCCCGAAGCUCCUGCACUGGUACCUGCUGGACUUCGCCAAGGACGUGGACUCGCUCAUGGACUGGGUGUGCCUGCAGCUGCCCAGCGAGCUGCGGCAGGCCGCGAUGCGCGCCGUGGAUGAAGGCCGGCGCGCGCGCCGCAUCCAGGUGCUGCCCUACGAGUUCAGGUUCAGGUACCUGCUGGCAUCGUGAGGCAGAUGGCAGCUUUGAUCCGAUUCUGAUCGCCGUGCGUGCUGAUACGUGCCAUGGGUUCGUGGUGUCUGUAGCUAGCUUGUACACAGGUUUUGGAAUAAAGGUUGCGGUUUUUGUGUUGCUCCGAUUUGUUGCCGAUUCUUUUGUGAGAAAGAAAAUAUAAUCAAGAAAGCUUUUGC